AACUCUUGCGACCUGUCGACCAACCAAAGCUGAGUCACAUGUCAAGUCCGGGAAGCGGAAGCUGCGGAGAGAAGUGUGAAGCGGUGUAAACAUUGUUCGUGGGAAUGGAGAAUGGGAACGCGUAGUAGCAGUAGCGCAGGAGGAGCUUCGGGGGAUUCUCCAGAGGACUCCCACAACAGUUCCGCAUCUCGUGGUGGACUUCAGGAUGAUGAUGAUGAGGAGAACGUUGACCUGGCGCAGGUACUGGCGUAUCUUCUGCGCAGAGGGCAAGUACGGCUAGUUCAGGGAGGAAUUCCUGCAAGUGUGCAUCUGAUACAGUCCCUAUCGGAUUCUGAUGAUGACAAUGACAGUGCUUGGGAGGGAUGCUUGGGAGAUCGCUACAACCCCCCUGCUGAUUCAGCUCCAGACACUGCUGCACUGGAUCAGAGCCAGAUCAGAACCCAGGUUCUGCUUGCAACAGGGAGGUUAGGAGGACGCACAGAGCAGAAUAUUACCCGACAGCUGUUGGAGAGAGUGCGAGGGGGGUGUGGUUUUUCUCACGGAGAGCGCUGCCGUAUGACAUCAAAUUUUCUGCCAAACAGUGUGUCUGCCACAGAUUCAUAUUCCCAGAAGGCAUUCUGUGGAGUAUAUUCCAAAGAUGGUGCAAUCUUUAUGUCGGCUUGCCAGGAUCAAAAUAUUCGCCUCUAUGACUGCCGGUAUGGCGCCUUCAAGAAAUUCCGAACUGUGAGGGCCAGAGAUGUGGGCUGGAGCGUGCUUGAUGUGGCUUUUACUCCAGAUGGAGGGCACUUCUUGUACUCCAGCUGGUCUGAUUACAUUCAUGUCUGCAACAUAUAUGGUGAGCCGGAGUCACACACUGCGCUGGAUCUCUGUCCCUCAGAGCGACGUUUUGCUGUUUUCUCUCUUACUGUGUCUUGCGAUGGACGGGAAGUGCUUGGCGGAGCCAAUGAUGGAUGUGUGUAUGUGUAUGACCGAGAACAAAACCGUCGAACCCUAAAGAUUGACUCUCACGAAGAUGAUGUGAAUGCUGUUGCAUUUGCCGAUGACAGCUGCCACAUUCUGUAUUCUGGAGGAGAUGACGCCCUGUGUAAAGUGUGGGACCGUCGCACAAUGCGAGAAGAUGAUCCCAAACCAGUGGGGGUGUUAGCUGGACAUCAAGAUGGGAUCACCUUCAUUGACAGCAAGGGAGAUGCACGGUAUCUCCUUUCUAAUUCCAAAGACCAGAGCAUUAAACUGUGGGACAUCAGGCGGUUUUCAGGACCAGAGGGACUUGAAGCCUCACGCAGAGCCGUAACACAGCAAAAUUGGGAUUACAGGUGGCAGCAGGUGCCCAAAAGAGCUCUCAGGAAGAAACGCCUUUCCGGCGACACAUCUCUGAUGACUUACCGUGGCCAUGGAGUCUUACACACUUUGAUCAGAUGUCACUUCUCCCCUGCUUACAGUACUGGUCAGCAGUAUGUGUACAGUGGGUGUUCUACUGGUCGAGUUGUCGUAUAUGAUUUGUUGACGGGUCAGAUAGUGAAGAAACUGACCAACCACAAGGCAUGUGUGCGGGAUGUGAGCUGGCAUCCAUGUGAGACCAAGCUUGUGAGCAGCUCUUGGGAUGGCACCGUUCGUGUCUGGGAACACCAGCAGUCUGAGUUUUAUGAAGAUGACCUGCAUAUCCCACCAAUGGACCCUGACUGCAGCCCCGCCAGCAGCUCUAGCUCCUGGUAGCCCCCUGGCCUGCCUGACAUUCUUUUAGAGAAUGUGAAGUCUGAUGGAUAGAUCAACAAAUAAUGUGGGGUUUGUGUGAAUGUGGUACUGAAUGUAAGGUUGUGUUUUUUAGGAUCUGGUAACCUAAAAAGACUGCAGAGGUCAUGUAAAUGGACCUCUGUAGCAGGCGUUACAAAACUGGUGGUGGGCUUCUUGGUGGGACAUGGCAGCACCUGUUGGUGACAUGUGGAGAAGAGAUAGUACUGAAAUGAAUUUGUUGUGUUCCUGACUUCUAUAUCUUGAAUAAACAUGUCCGAAAUCUUUGA